UUAAGGCUUUGAUCCGUCUACUCCAAAGUCAGAGCAACAGUUCGGACUGAUACCGCCUGUAAAGGCGACUUUGUUUGGGAGGAGAUGCUGAACCAUACAAACGACGGACGGGGCUUUUUAUCGCUGCGGCUGUAGAUGAACGUUUUUUGGAGUUUUUUUUCCCCGUUUUUCAGAGGUGACUUCGCCCCUAGGGACGGGUUAAGGACGUUUCCUGGACCUUGGAGGUCAUUUUCCCCGCCGUCCCGUGAGCUUCGAGUGGGACCCGUACGGGGAUGCCCUAGAAGUGGAUGCUGACUGCGCUCCGCCGGCCCCUUUCUUUCACCAUGAGCUGGGCGACGGCGCUCUGGGACCAGCUGGAAAAUCUUGACAAGCAUACACAAUGGGGGAUCGACUUCUUGGAGAAGUAUGCAAAAUUUGUCAAAGAAAGGAUGGAGAUCGAGCAGACCUAUGUAAAACAACUGAGAAACCUGGCAAAGAAGUUUUGUUCUAAGCAAUCAAAAGAGGAUGAACCCAAGUUUUCCUGCUGUCUUUCGUUCCAUGCCAUUCUGAGCGAGUUGAAUGACUAUGCUGGGCACAGGGAAGUCAUCGCCCAGGAGCUGGGAGACAAGCUGCAUGGAGAUCUGAUGAAGUAUUCACAGGAACUCAAGAAUGACAGGAAACAAUACCUGCAGGACUGGAGGAAGGCGCAGCAGCACAUUGAGCAGCAGUUGAAGCAGAUGGAAAGCGAUAAGAAAAAAUUUGAGCGAGAGUGGAAGGAAGCUGAGAAGUUACAGCUGCGAUAUGAGAAGUUGGAAAUUGACAUGAAUGUCACCAAAGCUGAUGUUGAAAAGGCAAAGAACCAACUCAGUGCCCAGCUUCAGGUGGUUGAGGAGAACAAGGAAGAAUACAUCAUUCAGCUGCAGAGCUUUAAUGAAGAGCAGAGGAAGUAUUUCAAUGUUACCCUUGUGCAGAUAUGUCAGAAGCUGCAGGAAAUGGACGAGAGACGCUCAGUGACACUUGGUGAGAGCUACAAAAGCCUAGGACAACUGGAGCAGAGGGUCUCCCCUGCCAUCUCCAAGUGUUUCCAAGGCAUGGUGAAUGCUGGGAAGUCAGUGGAUGCUAAGAAAGAUUCUGAGAUGGUGGUGCAACUAUACAAGUCUGGCUUGGAGACUCCAGGGGACUACUGCUUUGAAGACUUCUCCCAAGUUUCAGCUCGAACCCGUACAAGUUCUGCCUGCACCAUAAACGGGCCAAAGUUGGAUGGUGUGCUCCCAGACAGGAAGAUCAUAUUGGGCAAGGCCAGGAUCAAGCUAAGCCAGUGGAAGAGGCAGGUUCAGUUCAAGACCCAGACACCCAACACAUCUUCACUGUCGCUGGAGGACUACAGCCAUCUUUCCCCAGAGCAAAGUUGUAAGAAGCUGCAGCAGAGAAUUGACCAGCUGUACAAGGAUCUCCGCAUAGAGACGAACUACAGGGAUGGGCUCACGAAGAUGAAGGAGGGAUAUGAGAAGAAGCCCCAACUAGGGGACACCACAACCCUGGACACCAAAAUGUCUGAGUCUCUAGUAAACAUAGAGCACCUACGCUUAGAGAUCUCCAAGGCCGAGAAAUUGCUGUUAGAGAUGAAGGUGAAGCAGAGCGCAGAUGCAAGGAAACACCACAGCUCCGGGGACAACAUCUACAUGCCUUACAGCAUGGAGAGUCCUGAGGAGAGCUUGUAUGAGGAUGUCAUCAUAGUGGCAUGCCAGGAGUUUGACGACGAUCACUUUGAGUACGACAACAUUAAGCCUCUUUCUGCUGGCUGCUGCCGAGCUCUCUAUGAUUUUGAUGGUCAGGCCGAGGGCUCACUGAUCAUGAAAGCAAACGAGAUGCUUUAUGUCAUUGAGAAGGACAAGGGGGACGGAUGGACACGAGCACGCAACUGCAGCGGGCACGAGGGCUUUGUGCCCACGUCCUACCUGGAGAUAAAAGACCGGGUCCAGUAAAUGUCUUGUCAUAGUUCAGCCCUGUAGGUCCCCCUGCGAGGAAGCAUCAAUGACGGUCCGAGCUGCUCCGAUACAGACUCCAGACCAGUGGAGACAUACAUCCCUCACACCAUACCAGGAAUGGGCUACAGCAUGUGACAACUCCUCUGAGAGACCGGACAUCAGCCUGGCUUCCAGCUGUCCAGUAGUACAGCUUGUAAAAUGUCUGAAAUGCUUUAGGCAAAAUCUUUUUACAAUAUUUA